GGCAAGCCUCCAUCUCAGCUGUAUUCUCUUGUGUUCCUCCUGCUGGAGAGAACACAUAUCUGUGGAUAAAUCACAGGCUGCCUUGCAGAGGAUUGAGUGCCUGUUCUGUUGCAGUCACGGCUGCUGGUGCUGCUGCUGUACUACUACUCUGCUCCAGCUGGCCGAGCCAGGCUCUGAAGGAGAAGCAGCAUCUCGUGUGGAUGCAGGCGGAGGGAGCAGGAGAAGAGGCACAGGGUAAAGGGAUGCAAAGUGAGGGGGGUGGUGUUGGAAGUCGUUACCACAUCUGCACUUUUGAGUUUUGAGAGGCAGAGAGGUGGCCACCUGGGGUUUGAGACACCUCAGUAGCUUAUCCAGGAGGAGAAGAGUCGGGCGUGAAGAUAACAACGUGGGGAGGAGAAGUUGACAGUGGAAGGAUACAGGAUGAUCUUGGGAAGUGUAAACCGACCGGGGCCGGUCCCUGCCUUCCUCAGGAGCCCGGCUGUCAUGCCAUCCCCGCUGGACAUGAAGCCCUUCCUCCAGUUCCCCAUGGAAUCGCCUCACCCGGCCAGCAUCGGCCUCUUCCACAACUUUAACACAAUGGACCCUGUCCAGAAGGCUAUCAUGACGCAUACCUUUGGGCCACCUAUGGUGAGGACUAAACGACCAAUCAUCUCAUGCAACGUCUGCCAAAUACGCUUCAACUCAGAGAGCCAGGCAGAGGCCCACUAUAAGGGGAAUCGGCACGCUCGAAGGGUGAAGGGGAUCGAGACGUCCAAGACAGCUCGUCUCCAAGAUGGGGACAAACAGCCCCCUCCCCCGACUGCUACCCCCUCCCCACCAGGCCCCUCGCCAUCCAGCCCUGUGCCUGAUCCUAAUAAGCAGGAUGUCACCCCAACCUGUCCCAGCUCUAACGAGUCACCUUUGACCCCUAGCAGCCUCCCAUCACCCACACUGAGCUUGGCAGAGGCAGAGUUUCCCCUCGUACCUUCGGCCAGCUCGCCUUUGACGUCCUCUCCCUCCCCAAACACCACGCUCAGUACCCCCUCAAUAGACCCUGCAGUGGCGGCUCUUAUUGACUCCCUGUCUCCGGUGCCCAGCCCGUCUUCAGGAGAGUCAGAGGAAGAGAAAGCCAAGAAGCUUCUCUAUUGCUCCCUGUGUAAAGUGGCUGUUAAUUCCCUCUCACAACUCGAGGCACAUAACAAAGGUACCAAGCACAAAACCAUUCUGGAGGCUCGGAGUGGACUGGGACCUAUUAAAGCCUACCCUCGCUUGGGUCCGAAACCCAGCCCGGAGCAGGGAGGGGAGCUGUCCUCAGACCCCGACACUCAGGAACGCACCUUCCACUGUGAGAUCUGCAAUGUCAGAGUCAACUCUGAGCUGCAGCUUAAACAGCAUAUAUCUAGCCGAAGGCAUCGAGAUGGAGUUGCAGGGAAACCCAAUCCUCUUCUCAGUCGGCACAAGAAGCGCACAGACUUUAUGGAACUUUCAAAAACUCUGGGGGGCGGACUUAUACCAAAUCACCUGGCUGUCGCUGCAGCGAUGGCAGCCGCAGCAACCUCCAAUCAGCUGGCUCUACGACCUGCUGGGCCGGCCUCCCACCAUCAUCACCACCUCCUGCAGGGAACAGCCCUCAGCCUGCUGAGGCCGGCCCCAGGGCCCAUCCGUACCACACAUGGCCCGAUCCUCUUCAGCCCUUACUAAUGGCAGGGGAACAAGGAUGAAGCACACUGUGAAGAGGAGGCCUGCAACCAUGUGCCAUCAAGAGCCAGAUCAGCUGCUUUGGCUCAGUGGACAUAAAUAUUACUCGUCUUGGCGCGUACUGUAGUUGCAGACCACCGACAAAUCGCAAAUAAUUCAGACUCUAUAUGUUUCCAUCAUCCCCAGUUUCCCUUCAUGCUUAACUGUCUGCCAAUUAUCCGACUGACUCCGCAGAUAGUUUCACGAGGAACUUGAACACGUCUCAAUCAGGCAUGGGACUCUUUGAGCUUCAGCAACGUAAAUAUGUCCAUCUACCAUGUGAUCCACUGAAUCUGCCUCAAAACCCUACCUCUCUUAUGUUUUUAAUGUUCAUCUCAUUACUUAUUCAAAGCAUCCAUGUUAACAAAUACAUGCGCUGGGUUAGAUAUAGUAGUUCCCUCUGAUCUUAGCUUAUCACACUGUAGUCGUCACAGAAUAGUGGAUUGCAUCACUGUACAGUUCUGUUUUUUGUGGCCUAUAAAGAGAAAACAGUUCCGGCAAUUUAAUGUUCCUGCAGUAAUCGGCAAACAUUGUACAGUAUGUGCACACUAGGUCUAUAUUAACCUCAGUGCAAUGACAAGUGUGUUAAAAUGACAUGACGUCUUAAAACUGCUGAUGCACUCAUCAUCAACUUUAGUGGUUUGGAGCGGAUGUGAUGAAGUGUUCA